GGCAGCAGUAGCAGCAGCAGAAACCAAAAGCGCCGCAAGGGAAUGGAAUGCGAAAUUAUCGAUGUCGUCUGGAAGCAGAAGCAGAAGCAGCAGCAACCGAGCUGUUUGUGCUAGUGUGCGUUUUCCGAUUCGGGGGCCUUCUGCCCGUUCCUUUGCGUGAGUGAGUAAAAUUAGGCAAGGUGUCAAAACGCGAAAUCCGCCGCCGUAGAACGGGAGGAUAUUUUUAGGCCCCCGUGAAUGUUGUUUCUCUGGAACAAUAACAAGUAGAGAGUGGUGAUGCUUCUGAUGCUACUACAGGCGCAAAGUGGAAAAUAUUGCAAAAAAUCCAGUGUUUAAUCAACGUAAAUAUCGAGUGAAUCUAAUUAUACGACGAGUGAAAAAUUCAAUUACAACCCAUCGGGUAGCAUACAGGCUGAAAAAAAAGAGCGAAAAAAUCGACCCUACCGCGUGUGUGUGUGUGUGCACGAGGUGUGUUUGUUCGUCGAAGGCUCAGUGCAGCAAGAGGCAGAAGAGAGUCGCGUGAACCACCGUCUAACCACCUGUCGUUGAAGUCGAACGGCGAGCGUUGGUAAAUAAAUUAUUACUCAGGAGUCAGCUGGAACAAUUAACGAGCGCAGUCAAAAUGCCUGGAUUAAUCGGUGUGAGCGAGUUCCUCGAGGAAACCCGAGAGGACUACAACUCGCCGACGACGUCGACCUUCGUGUCGCGGAUGGCUCAAUGCCGGCAGACCAUUGCCGCCCUGGAAGAGACACUUGACUUCGAUCGCGAAGGACUGACAAAGCUAAAAAAGGCUGUUAAAGCAAUACACAAUUCAGGAAACACUCACGUAGACAACGAGAUGUGUCUGGUACGGGCACUGGAACGUCUCGGCUCGGUUGCCCUGUCCAAAGAGGAACCCGACAUCGGUGCAGCGUUCCUGAAAUUUUCCGUCGUCACCAAAGAGCUCAGCGCCCUGAUGAAAACGCUGAUGCAAAACAUCAACAACAUCGUCAUGUUCCCGGUGGAUUCGCUGCUCAAGAGCGAACUGCGCGGAAUGAAGGGCGAGAUGAAGAGGCCAUUCGACAAAGCAGCCAAAGAUUACGAUUCCAAGUUCAUGAAGAUUGAGAAGGAGAAGAAGGCCCUGGCCAAGGACGCCGGCAUGAUGCGAACCGAGGUGACGCCCGCCGAGAUUGCCGAGGAAAUCGAAAAGGAACGGCGGGUGUUUCAGUUGCAAAUGUGCGAGUAUCUGAUAAAGUUCAACGAGAUAAAGACCAAGAAAGGUAUCGAACUGCUGCAGCACUUGGUCGAGUACUACCACGCUCAAAACAACUACUUCAAGGAUGGCCUCAAGACAAUUGCUCAUUUUGGCACGUACAUAGAGGAGCUGAGCGUGAAGCUUCAAACCAUCCGUCACAAACAGGACGAAGAACGACGGAAGCUGCUGGAGUUGAGAACACUCCUGCGGUCUUCCCCGGACUUCGAACGGGUAGAGAACGUUCCCAGUGAUAAAGGUGCCAUUGGCUAUUCGCUACACCAGCUGCAAGGUGAUAAGAACCAUGGAAUCACUCGAUCGGGGCACCUGCUGAAGAAGAGCGAAGGCAAAGUGCGGAGGGUGUGGCAAAAACGACGGUGUAGAGUGACGGCCGAUGGGUUCCUGGAUAUCUGCCAUGCAGAUGAAACGAAAGCACCCACCCGGGUGAAUCUGCUCACCUGUCAGAUCAAACCGGUGUCGGAUGACAAGAAGGGGUUUGAUUUGAUUAGCUACAACCGACCGUACCACUUCCAAGCGGAGGACGAAACCGACCAGAAGGCGUGGAUGUCGGUGCUGAUGAACUGCAAGGAAAAGGCACUGACCAAAGCAUUCCAACACGCGACCCCCCAGAUGAGUCCUAGUCUAAUCGAGCUGCAGAAGACGGUGAUCAAGUACAUCCAGAAUCUGCCCGGCAACGAUCAGUGCUGUGAUUGCGGGUCGAAGAACGACGUUACCUGGAUUAGUUUGAACUUUGGCAUUCUGGUGUGCAUCCAAUGUUCGGGGGUGCAUCGGGAUCUGGGCGUGCACCACUCGCGGAUACAGAGCCUAACGUUGGACAACCUGACGACGGCGCAGCUGCUGAUCGCCCGGGCCAUGGGAAACAACAGUCUGAACGAGGUGAUGGAAGCGACGUUGGGCAGUGGGAAACUGACACCGGAUAGUUCGAUGGAGGAACGGUACGAUUUCAUACGAGCAAAGUAUAUCGCCAAGCGAUAUGUGAUGCGAACCUGCUCCGACGAUCGAGAUCUGCGAAGCGAUCUCGAACAGGCAGUCAUCAAUGCGGAUCUCGGUCAGUUGCUGCAGGUGUGGGCUGAAGGAGCGGAUCUUUCCUGCGUGUUACCAUCGUCGGACUUUGGCGAAACGGCCCUCCAUCUGUCCGUCUUGCGGGAGAUGGGAUCGACGCUGCACAUAGUCGAUUUCCUCAUCCAGAACAUGACCACCCAGGGUCUGAACAAACAGACGAACCCUCCCGGGCCGGCGGACAUGUCCGGCAAAAAUACGGCCCUCCACCUGUGCGCCCUGCACGAUCGGCGGGAGUGCAUGAAGCUGCUGCUGCGAUCCGGCUGUGAUUACGAGAUUAAAAAUUCCCAAAACCGUACCGCACUAGACAUUGCCAAAGAGAUGGGCCACGAGUCCUGCAAGGAGUUGAUCGAGCAUGCCAUAAAGCGCGAGAAGAGCGCCUUCGAUCACAUCAACACCGACUGGAACAUCCAUGACGACGGCUCGACGGACUUCUCCGACGACGAUACGGUGCUAAUGGACGAGCGAAAGUCCCGCUCGCGACCACCCAGUUUCGUCGGGGGUGAUUCUCCAGUGGCACUUCGGUCCCGGUCCUCUACGUGUGAUUCAAUCCAGAGCGGUUCCAGUCCCAGUUCGAGCUGUAAUCCGAAUCUGGUCGGUGCUCAGCAAAUUCCCGGUGGUGGCAGCAAUCAGCAGCGGCAAAUUCCGAUCCCCUCGUCCGGUACUAGUCCCAAGCAGUAUGCCGGAGCGUUCGCGUCGCACUACGGAUCGGGAGCCGGCUCGGCUGCCGGUGGUUCUAGUCCUAAUUCUAGCAGUUCCAGCAGUAUUAUUCGUCAAGCGUCAGCACAGAUUUCCGCGGCGGCUGCGGCCGCUGCCGUUAGUUCCCAGAGUAAAAAGUCUUCCUCCGUUAACAUUGGUUCCCUGAAGAAGCGCACGGCACCUGCUCCUCCGCCAACCACCUACGGAACGUUACCGCAUGCUCCGCGCCAUUCGCAAAACAUUGAUAGCGAGAUCUUCGGAGUAUCGUCACAUCAUCUUCAUCACCAUCAUUCGGAAAUGUACAGUACACUGCCACACCUGCGAGGGUCGGACAGUGGUGGAGGAGGAAUAGGUGGAGGCGGUGGCGGCGGAGGAGGUGGAGUUGGCGUCGGCGUUGGUGGGUCGGCUUCGUCCGCUGGCGGUAAAUCUAAUUCGUCCCAACAGUUGCACUUCGACAACAAGAUCUACGAACGGUUCGAGGGAUACAUCCAAGCCAACAGGGAUCCGAACUUUCUGAGUACCUUCACCGGUGGCCAUAAGCGUUCGCCUAGCGGGGAAUCGCUGGGUAGAAAUUUAGCUGGAGCAAAACUAGUCCUUCCACCGGCGGGAGAAAUCCCCCAAUUGAAGCCCGUUGAUAAAAGUUUUCACAAUAGACCAAAGCUGCCACCACCGCCAGGACCACCGGCUGCAGACAAAUCAAUGUCCAACGGGCAAUCGAACGAGAGUCUCUCUUCGAUAGACGACGCAGUCGUGUUAAGGAAAAAGGUAACCAAAGCGCUCAACUCAUCCAAUUAUGGGGACUUUGCGGGCGAUCUCGACAACUCGAUCGCAUCGUCCUCCGGGGGUAAUCUAGAUUCGGCCAAUAGUAGUUUUAGUAGGAACGAUACAAGCGGUGCGUCGGCGGCUUCGUCCGGUGGAGGAGGUGGACUCGGCGUUAGCAAUAAUUUCAACACGUCCAAGGGCAGUCCGGGCUCGUACCAUGGCUAUACCGGUCCCCGACGCUGUCGGGCCCUGUACGACUGCAAUGCGGACAACGACGACGAGCUCGAGUUCAAGGAGGGCGAAAUUCUCAUCGUCCUCAACGAGCGAACCGACGACGACAACUGGAUGGAGGGGGAAAUCGAAGGGGACAGCACCCGGCGCGGCAUGUUCCCGGUGAGCUUCGUGCAGAUGUUGGAAGAAUAGGACGGCUUUCGAGCUGUGGAAGGUAUUUUGAAAAAUCCGUAAACAUGUAGGUUUGUUGUAGUAGUAAAGUUACGUAAUUGAGACGGAGCUGAGCUUCGACGGAAAGGCAUUUUCAUCGAUGUUAGGGGGUAAAUGAAGAAGAACAAAUUCAUCACCCGUGCGCGAAGAUUUCUUGCAACAAAAAAAAAAAAAAAACAAAAUCGUGAACAGAGUGAUUUUUCUAAGUCUGCUACCAUAAAAUAUACCAUGUAUCGAGCGCGAAAUUGCAUCCUCUUCUGUAUUCGAAUAAUCUAUUUGCUAUUUAUUAUUAUUUUAUGCUGGGAGGAAUUCUCUUCUCCCUGUCUCAAAAAGGUGUAGAAAGUGAGUUACUAGGCUUAGGGUAGGGUGUAUCGUGGAUAAGACAGAAAGAGUACUAUUUUAUGAAUGUAUUAUUAUUAUUAUUAUCAUUAUUCCUAAAGUGAUUACGAUUAGGACGAUGAAACGAAACUGCUCAAAGUAGACGGAAAAUGUCCACCAUUUGACGUUGAAAGUCACAGUCUUUAGUUUUUUUUCUCUAUUAGUUUGAUUCGAACGAAAAAAAAAAACAAAUUUGACAACACAAAGCAACAACUGAGAGAAUGUUAACCUAAGAAGAAAGCAUUUAUUUUGAGUUCGAUUUAGGAGAUUCGAGACGUGCAAACAAAACAAGAAGGUAAUUUUAAAUCAAAGCAAAAACAAAGAAAGGACAAACUAAAAGCAUAUAUAUGAUUAGUUGAUAGAUAUUGUUUGUAAAAAUUAACUACCGAUUACCUAUAUACAACACAUGCAAGAAAGCAUAGAACACAAAUGAGUAUAACAAACCAUAAACCUAUGAAGAUGUGUAGUGUUACAAAGACGGAAAGCCGAAAUAUUAUGUGCCAGUAUACAGAGAAAAUAUAUGAAUUAAGAAAAGAG